AUGGGGGCUUUCAAAUCUCCUGGUCCAGAUGGAUUUGAAGUAGACUUUUAUCAACACCAUUGGGAUGAUGUGGGUCCUAAGGUGAGUAAGGCUGUUCUAGAGGUGUUAAAUGGGGGAGAAGGGCAUAGUUCUAUGCUGAGUCAAGCUGAAAUUAAUGGAAGGAUUAAAGGGAUAGCAGCUGCAAGAGGAGGGACUCGAAUUAAUCAUUUUCUCUUUGCAAAUGAUUUUGUGAUUUUCAGUAAAGCAAGUAGAGAUGAGUGGCUGGCUAUUCAUGAUAUACUGAAGCUGUAUGAGGUCUCCUCAGGCCAGAUGUUAAAUAGGCAGAAGACAACUUUGCUCUUCAGUUCUAAUACAAGAGAAUUAGUUAAGAGGGAAAUUUUGCAAGAAGCUGGUGAUGAUUCCUUGGGGGUUUAUGGUAAAUACCUGGGUCUUCCUACUAUGAUUGGUAGAUCCAAGAAGCUAAGUAGAGAGCUCAAUUCCAUGCUUGCAAGAUUCUGGUGGAAUGACAAUAAAGAGGGUAGAGGCAUCCAUUGGAGAGGGUGGGGCUUAAUGGGUAAUAAUAAGAAGGAGGGUGGGAUGGGUUUUAGAGAUAUUGAUAAUUUUAACAAGGCUAUGCUUGCCAAGCAAGAGUGGAUGCUGCAAACUAGUGUAGAUUCAUUGGCAGCAAGGAUUUUUAAGGAAAAGUACUACAGGAAAGGCCAAUUUGUUGAGGCUAAAAUUGGCUACAAAUCUUCAUAUAUGUGGAGGAGUUUAUUGUCUACACAAGCCUUGGUCAAAUCAGGUUGUGUGUGGAGGGUGGGAAACGGGAAAAGUAUUUCCAUUUGGAUUGAUAGAUGGCUUCCCAAUGCAGUAGGCUUUAAGGUAAGAUCCCUAGUCAAUCGGUUAGAGGCUGACUCUAAGGUGAGUUCUCUUAUUUUUGAAGAUAUCCAUUCCUGGAAUGAGGUGUUGAUUGGGGAAAUUUUUAGUAGAAAUGAAGCUGCUCAAAUUUGUAGCGUACCAUUGAGUUGGUAUGGAGAGGAUGAUAAAAUCCUAUGGGGUUACACUAAGGAUGGAAGGUUUUCCAUGAAAAGUGCAUAUCACCUGUGUAAUGACAUGGAAGGAGAGGGGCUUGGUGAAUGUUCAAACAGACAAGCUCAGAAAAACGUUUGGGAAGGAAUAUGGAGUCUUGUUGUUCCUAACUCUGCUAAACAAUUUUUGUGGAAGGCUAUUAACAGCAUCUUGCCAACAAAACAUAACUUAUGUAAGAGAAGAAUUCUUGAAGAUGCUUCUUGUCCAAUUUGUUGUUUAAAUGAGGAAACUAUUGGUCAUGUUUUAUGGUCGUGUCCAGCUACUUCUGAUGUGUGGGCAGAAAAGGACAGUGGCCUACAGAAGUGGAUUUGUGAAGAGAGGGAAUUCUUCAAAAUCUGGACUGAUAUGCAGGAAAGUUUGCAGAAAAAUAGAGUAGAAGAGAUUGUUAUGAUCUUGAGAGGUUUAUGGUCUAGAAGGAAUAAAUUGGUCUUUGAAAGCAAAUUUGAGAGUCCAAGCAGAGUGGUCACUAAUGCAAUAUCUAGCCUCAAGUGCUUUCAAGCAUCUCAAGCUGAGAUGAAACAGCUUAAGGUUCCUAACACAAACAGGAGGAUGGAUACUAAGUGGAAGCCACCUGAUGUGGGAGUUUCUAAACUCAACUUUGAUGCGGCUAUAGACAAAGUUGAAAACAGAAUGGGAUUGUGCAUAGUAGCAAGAAAUCAUUUGGGGGAGCUUCUGUUUUCCUACAGUGCUUCAAGAUUGUUUAGUGGCACUUCUGAUAUGGCUGAAGCUGCUAGUCUUUGGAAGGCUAUGGAUCUAGCAAUAGAGCUGGAUAUAAGAAAUGUAGUGUAUGAAGGAGAUCAUGAAAGAAUCAUUAAAGGGGUGACAGAGGAAAAGGAAGCAUUUGCUUGGAUGGAUCAGAUGUUCAAAGAUAUGCAGGGCAGGCUACUAAAUUGA